AUGUAUCGUCUAUUGAUAUUCUUUUCUUUCAUUAUUUGCUUACAAAUUGGUGUUUUUGCUGAACUAAGUCCUGGUUCAUGUUCUCUGAUUCGUACAGCAACUAGUAUCACAAAAAUUGUGCCUGAAAUUGCUAAAAUAGCAAUGCGUUAUUAUCGUAUUUCAUCAUCAUCAUUUUCUAGUGAACAUCAUCGUCAAAAACGUUUUCUUUUUGCUGGUAGUGAUGGAUCAAAAGACAGUAGUACUAGUAAUAUUAAAGGAUCUGUACUCGAACAAGUAAUGGCUAAUGCAUUUAAAGAUGUUAAUUAUACUGCUGUAGCUUUAUUAAUUCUUAAUAAUAAUGAAACAAUGAAUAAAAUUCGACGAAAUACUGAUGGUAAAGCUAUUAUUCAUGCUGCUAUGCGUAAUAUUGAUUAUGAAAAAUUAGGUAGUAGUAUAUGGUAUGCUACUGACAGAGAAUUUGAUUUAGAAUAUUUUAUUUCAACUAUAGUUAAUAUAACUCAUAUUGAUAUUAUAUAUGAAGAACUUAUUAAUAAUGGUACUUUGUCUGAUUCGCUUAUUAAAAGUAUUCAUCCAGAUUUAAAUGUUCAAGUUGUUAAUCGAAUGUUAGAAGAAAUAAAAAAUUUUACACAUAAAUUUCUAACAAUAAUGAAUAGUUCUGAACGUUUAGAUGAUUAUUUAUUUAAUUUGAUACAACAACAAGUAUUAAUACCAUUAGGAAAAAUUAUUCAAAAAAUAAAAGAUGAAAAGCCAAUAACACUAGAUAAAUUAGCUGAAAUUAUUUUAAAUGAUGUCAAUAAAGUUAUUAUGGAACAAUUAACAACGACAAGUAAAUCAACAAUAACAACUAAGAAAACUGGACGAAAAACAUCAGCUACAACAACAAUGGCAACAUUGGAAGAUAACAAGUUUGAUGAUGUCAAGUUGUUAUUUUAUCAAUAUUCAAUUGCAAUUGAAUCAAUGGGACAAACAGCUCGAACUAUGUUGAAAGCCAUUGAACAACUCUAUUGUGGUAUUGGUCGUGGAUUAGGUUCUGUUGAUGAUAUAGAUCGUGUUUCAUGUUUUGGUACAACAUCUCAAUCAAUUAAUCGUCUUUCUGAAGAUAGUCUUAAACUAUAG